CCAAGACACCCAUAAGGAGAAAAUUAAAUGGAAUUACAUAGGUAAAUAAACUAAAAUAGAUAAGAACCUAAAAGCCUCUUCUAUAAAAACGAUAUAAAGCAACAGCAGAUGAGAGUGAUUCUAGAAAUCAUAAGAUUUCAUUGCCUUCAUUAACAAAUUUUAGAAAGACAGAAUUUAAUUCAUUAGAAAAUAGUAUGGAUUGAAUUAAAUUAGUUGCAUAACCUAUUUCAAUUAUAAAUUAAGGGAAUGGAAUUAAGAUUCCUAAUAGAUUGCCUAAACUUGAAAGACGUAGUGAAAUAUCAAAAUCUAAAUAUGAAAUUCAAUUCAAUUAAACACCAAAAGACGAAGAAUAGAAAUUAAUCCAGAAACAAAAAAAGACUUCCUUUACACCUGAAUAAAGGAUAUCAGAAAGUCCUGAAAAGAAGAGUACUUAAAGUAAAAAGAAAGGAGGAGGAAAAUAAUGGCAAGGAAUGAAAUAUGUAUAUAAAACAAAAGCUGGUUGUUAAACCAAUAAAUAAACUAAAACAAAUUAAGAUUCAGCAAUAAUUUUUCCAUAAAAUAUUGACAGGUAUAUAUGAGCAGUAAUUUAGAAAAGUUAAAAUUAUGGAUUAGUUGGAAUAUGUGAUGGUCAUGGAGUAAAUGGACAUUUAGUUUCAGACAUUAUCAAAAAAAGAAUGCCAAGUAAAUGAAAU